CUGUAGGUCUGUGUGUCUGAGUCUCUAUGGGUCAUCCAGCCAUCCAUCCUUCUGUCCUGUGUGUCUGUCUCUGAUGAGUUACUUCUCUGUGGCCUUCCGCUGGGCAUGGGCUCAGCCUGGUGAGGAAACAUCUCUCUUGCAAUGCCUCCCGGAAACCCUGGCCGCUCAGGUUCUCCAAAUAGGGGCACAUGGGUCCGGGAGCGGCCACACUCCCUUCCUGAGAGGCCACGGAAAAGAGCCGGGACCCCUGCACACUUCCUCGCCGGCCGGGCCCUGCCCGCCUCACAGGCACCAGGGCAGAGAAGCUAUUGUGAGGCUACUCAUGUACCCCCAUCCCUCCACCCUCCUGGGCCUGGUGCUCUGUCUGGCCCGGGUGAUCUACACGCAGGAAGGGCCCAUGCCCAGGCCCUCCCUCGUGGCCGAGCCAGGUCCUGUGCUUCCCCGAGGGACGGCUGUGACCCUCGUGUGCCGGGGCCCAGCGGGGGCUGAGUUAUUCCGCCUUGAGCAAGUUGAAGGAACUAUGUAUGAUGUUCUGAAAAGUGUGUCUCAAGGUGGUUCUCAGGGCUCAGCGGGCAGAUUCCGCAUCCCCGCGGUGAGUCACUACACUGCCGGGAGUUACCGCUGCCUCUACAAUCAAGGGUCCAAUAUCUGGUCUGAGCCCAGUGAGCUCCUGGACCUGCAGGUGACAGAGGAGGACAUCUCCACUCGGCCCUCAGGGGCCCUGCCCAAGCCCUCCCUCAGGGCUGAGCCAGGCCUUGUGAUCCCCCGGGGACGGCCUGUGACCUUCGUGUGCCGGGGCCCAGCUGGGGCUGAGUUAUUCCGCCUGGAGAAGAAUGGAAGCCAAGAAGUCUUUGAUAAUAAAAGUGUGCCUCAAGAUGGAUCUCAGGACUCAGAGGCCAGAUUCCACAUCCCAGCAAUGACUGUACACACUGCUGGGAGUUACCGCUGCCUCUAUCACCCAGGGUAUGAGAGGUGGUCUGAGCGCAGUGAGCCCCUGGACCUGCAGGUGACAGAGGAGGACGUCUCCACUCGGCCCCCAGGAGCCCCCCGAGUUCUCAGCUCCACCCCCAGCUACACCUCCAUCUCACAUACAAAGACCCACUCCUCAGGUGGAGACACACGGCCCCAGUCACAGGACAAUAGGAGUCGCGGCCUGUCGAGCACAUACAUUUACAUCCUUGUUGGGACCUCCGUGGCCUUUCUCCUUUGUCUCCUUCUGCUGGUCCUCUUCUUAGUCAACCGUCAGCAUCAGAGAAAACACAAGUCCUCCCACAGCAAAGGUGAAGAGCAGAGGCCCCAGGAGAGGCUUAUCCAAGCUGCUGACAUCACAGAGAGCACACCAGAUGAGGCCACAAUCUAUGCACUUUCUGAAAAAAAGAGGGAGCUGCAGAGCCCAAGCCCUGCUGUGGGAGACGCCCAGGAGGUGACAUACGCUCAGCUGGACCAGCGGGCCCUCACCCUCAGAGCAGCCCAGGCUGUGUCCCCACCACCCGCGGAGCCCCCAGCUGCUGCCAGCACAUACGCAGAACUCCCCAGACGCUGACCCAACCCCUGGCCUCUGCUCCGACAGACACACAUCACCCUUUUUUUAAAAAAAUUAAAUUCUUUAUUGUUUAAAGUAUUACCUAAGUCUCCUUUCCUCCCCAUUGACCUCUCCCCAGAGGCCACCAUUCCCCACAAGUCCCUCUUGCAAAGGCCUGAAACACCAUUAGGGGGGGCUUCCCCGAGGAAUCACCCCAUUCUUGACGCCAUCUUUUCAUUUCUCCUGGAGGGGAGAGCUGGAGUGAUGGGACCCCUACUCAACACCUAGGAGGUUCAUGAACCAGGUGGCCUUUCCUACGGUCCACCAGCUCCUUAGAGCACCCAUAUAAUACUUGUUUCCAGAGACCCAGUUCUGUUGUCCAGCCGUUUCUAGCAACCCAGCUACAGUUGUUCAGCAGUUUCCAGAGACCCCACUGCAGUUGGUGGCUCUUUCCAUUGACCCACUUACAAUCCUACAGUCACCCAGCUGGUUCCACCCAUGUCCUGUGAUUCCCUACCUUCUCCCCAGAGACUGUUGGAACCACCUUCUUAGCUGACUCUAACGAUUUCCCACUUGUUGACCUUGGACCUGGGCCAUACCGAUGCAGUGAAUCUCAGAUGCCUCGUUGUCUCUGAAUCCUGCUUCACCUUGCUCAUCAAUAAAUGUUCUCACACACCCA